UAGUUGUUGCUUCUCCACUCAAGAUGGCGGCUCCCAGGGAGGAGGCAUGAGCGCCCUGAGUCUACCGCUUUCAGUGCCGUACAGCUGCUACCUUCGAGCCUAAGUUCAGCGCUCUGCAGGGCGCAGAGAGAGGAGCAAGGGAUCCAGACGAAGGAGGACACGGCAUUGCCGUUGUCCUCCUUUUGCUUUGCUGCUGGGGAAAGUGAGCUGGGAGGAGAGCAGGGGGAAAGGAGGAGCCGGUCCCAAGAUGGCGGCUCCCAGCGCUGUGGCAGCGGCCUGAGCUGCAGGGCUGGGCUGGGCUAGGUUCGGGGUGCCGAGAAGCAGCUUCAGGCUCCGUGCGUACACGGACCAGGGGUCCGGAGAGCUAGUAGCCUCCCCAGCAGUCGCCUUGGGGCUUAGGUCAGGGGCUGCGGCGUAGGCGGUUGCGUCAGGAAGCCCGAAGCAGGCGAGGGGCCGGCAGCCGGGGGAACCGUCCCAAGAUGGCGGCUCCCAGCAGCGCGCUCUGAGCGUCAGAGACGCCCGCGGGAGCAGGGUUCGAAGCGUGCUGUCGGCUGCCGCGCCCGCCCGGGGACCCCAGCAGCCAGCGCAGCCCAGGGGAAGGCGGGAGGGCUGCCGGGGCUCGGCCAUUUCCGGCGGAGGAGGGAUCAGCCCGGGGAAAGGAGGCGAGAGCGCGGCAGCACAAGAUGGCGGCUCCCAGGGCAGGUCUGUGAGGUGGACGAGCCGGCCGGGCCGCUGUGGCCUCGGAACCGAAUCGGACGCUCUCUCCAGUGGCCGGGACCGGUGCUACCCCCGGGGCCGGCGCUCUUGCCGCCGCCGCUUUUGCUUAAGUGUCUGGGCUGCUGUUAGAAUUCGGAGUCGGGCCCGAGUGCUGGGGGGGUGAGUAAGAUGGCGGCCUCCAUGGAGGCGGUUGUUGCCUUGUGAGCGGCUUUUCUGACCAGCCAGCGUUCCUCCUUGGAGCUCCGAGCUCCGCGGCGCCCGCUGAACUCAGACUACUGACUUGGGCCCCAGCUUCGGCACCCCCACUCCCCGCCCCCUGAGCGUGCCUGCUCCUGCCCCAGCCAUGGCUUCGGGUCUGCAACCCGCCGCGGUGGUGGCCUCAGUCUCAGCCUCCUCCUCUGCUGUCGCUGCUGCCGGGAGCAGCUCUCUGGCUCAGCUGCUGCAGCCCCGCUGGAAGCGAGUGGUGGGGUGGUCUGGCCCCGUGCCGCGCCCCCGCCACGGCCACCGAGCCGUGGCCAUCAAGGAGCUCAUCGUAGUGUUUGGUGGUGGCAACGAGGGUAUCGUUGACGAGCUGCACGUGUAUAACACGGCAACCAACCAGUGGUUUAUCCCUGCUGUUCGAGGGGACAUCCCUCCAGGCUGUGCUGCCUAUGGCUUUGUGUGUGAUGGGACUCGACUGCUGGUGUUUGGUGGGAUGGUGGAAUAUGGGAAGUACAGCAACGACCUCUACGAGUUGCAGGCAAGCAGGUGGGAAUGGAAAAGGCUCAAAGCAAAAGCCCCCAAAAAUGGGCCGCCUCCAUGCCCCCGACUUGGGCACAGCUUUUCUCUUGUGGGCAACAAAUGCUACCUGUUUGGGGGUUUGGCUAAUGACAGCGAGGAUCCCAAGAACAACAUUCCGAGGUACCUGAAUGACCUAUAUAUUCUGGAGUUACGACCAGGCUCUGGUGUGGUAGCCUGGGACAUCCCCAUCACUUAUGGGGUCCUGCCGCCCCCCCGGGAGUCCCACACGGCUGUAGUCUAUACAGAAAAAGACAACAAGAAAUCCAAGUUGGUUAUCUAUGGGGGAAUGAGUGGCUGCAGGCUUGGGGACCUCUGGACCCUAGAUAUUGAGACCCUGACCUGGAAUAAACCUACUCUCAGUGGGGUGGCUCCUCUCCCUCGAAGUCUUCAUUCUGCCACCACCAUAGGAAACAAAAUGUAUGUGUUUGGUGGUUGGGUUCCUCUUGUUAUGGAUGACGUCAAAGUGGCCACACACGAGAAGGAGUGGAAGUGCACCAACACACUGGCCUGUCUCAACUUGGACACCAUGUCCUGGGAAACUAUUCUGAUGGACACACUGGAGGACAACAUCCCCCGGGCUCGAGCUGGCCACUGUGCAGUGGCCAUUAACACCCGACUCUAUAUCUGGAGUGGGCGAGACGGUUACCGAAAAGCAUGGAAUAACCAAGUCUGCUGUAAGGACCUUUGGUACCUAGAGACAGAAAAGCCUCCUGCCCCAUCCCGGGUGCAGCUGGUCCGAGCCAACACCAACUCCCUGGAGGUGAGCUGGGGGGCAGUGCCAACGGCUGACAGUUAUCUCCUGCAGCUCCAAAAGUAUGAUAUUCCUGCCGCCGCCGCCGCCGCUGCCACUGCCACCUCACCUGCAGCCAACCCUGUUCCAUCUGUGCCUAUCAAUCCCCCCAAGAGCCCUGCCCCAGCUGCAGCAGCCCCUGCUGUGCAGCCACUGGCCCAGGUUGGCAUCACACUGCUCCCACAGGCAGCUGCAACCCCCCCAACCACCACCACCACCAUCCAGGUCUUGCCGACAGUGCCUGGCAGCCCCAUCCCUGUGCCCACCACAGGUCGGACUCAAGGUGUCCCUGCUGUUCUCAAAGUGACUGGCCCCCAGGCUCCAGCAGGAACUCCCCUAGUCACUGUUCGACCAGCCAGCCAACCUGGAAAAGCUCCAGUUACUGUGACUUCGCUGCCCGCCGGUGUCCGAAUGGUUGUACCGACACAAAGUGCCCAGGGAACAGUGAUUGGCAGCAACCCUCAGAUGAGUGGCAUGGCAGCCCUGGCCGCAGCAGCUGCAGCCACCCAGAAGAUCCCUCCUUCCUCAGCUCCCACAGUACUGAGUGUCCCUGCAGGGACCACCAUUGUCAAAACUGUAGCAGUGUCUCCUGGCACCUCCACACUUCCAGCCACAGUGAAGGUGGCCUCCUCCCCAGUCAUGCCCACUCAGGUGUCCUCUCUGGGGUGCUUCACGCCGUCUCUCUUCCCUCCACCUCAGGUGAGCAACCCAGCCACCAGAAUGUUGAAGACAGCAGCAGCCCAAGUAGGCACAUCAGUAUCAUCAGCUGCUAAUACUCCCACCCGCCCCAUCAUCACCGUCCAUAAAUCUGGCACUGUGACUGUGGCCCAGCAAGCCCAGGUGGUGACCACCGUGGUCGGUGGGGUCACCAAAACCAUCACUCUGGUCAAGAGCCCCAUCUCUGUCCCAGGGGGCAGUGCACUGAUUUCUAAUCUGGGCAAAGUGAUGUCAGUUGUUCAGACCAAACCGGUUCAGACCUCAGCAGUCACAGGCCAGGCUUCUACUGGCCCUGUGACUCAGAUCAUCCAGACCAAAGGACCCCUGCCAGCUGGUACCAUUCUGAAGCUGGUAACGUCAGCCGAUGGCAAGCCUACCACUAUCAUCACCACCACCCAGGCCAGCGGGACUGGAACCAAACCCACCAUCUUGGGCAUCAGCAGUGUCUCCCCCAACACCACCAAACCGGGCACUACCACCAUCAUCAAAACCAUCCCCAUGUCGGCUAUCAUCACCCAGUCCGGAGCGACGGGUAGGGGCGUCGGGCAGGGGCCGCGCGAUAUGUACCCGAAUACAUUUACUCUCCAAAAGUCACCCGACACAACAUCCUGGGUGUCCCCCAAUGGGCUGAAUUCUGAGUCGGGGUAUAAGGUCCAGGCUGGUGUAACCAGCAGCCCUGGCAUCAAAUCCCCAAUCACCAUCAUUACCACAAAGGUCAUGACAUCUGGCACAGGGACACCUGCCAAAAUCAUAACUGCUGUCCCCAAAAUCGCUACUGGCCACGGGCAGCAAGGAGUAACCCAGGUGGUGCUAAAGGGAGCCCCUGGACAACCAGGCACCAUCCUCCGAACAGUUCCCAUGGGUGGGGUGCGGCUUGUCACCCCAGUCACAGUAUCGGCUGUCAAGCCAACAGUCACCACCCUAGUGGUGAAGGGUACCACAGGAGUUACAACUCUUGGCACUGUAACAGGCACAGUGUCUACCAGCCUUGCUGGAGCAGGCGGGCAUAACACCAAUGCCUCUCUGGCCACUCCUAUCACCACCCUGGGGACCAUUGCCACUCUUUCGAGCCAGGUGAUCAAUCCUACAGCCAUUACUGUGUCAGCUGCCCAGACCACUCUGACAGCGGCAGGAGGGCUCACCACCCCGACCAUUACCAUGCAGCCUGUCUCUCAGCCCACUCAAGUGACGUUGAUUACCACACCCAGUGGAGUAGAGGCCCAGCCAGUGCAUGACCUUCCCGUCUCCAUCUUGGCCUCACCUACAACUGAGCAGCCCACAGCCACAGUCACAAUCGCUGAAUCAGGCCAGGGUGAUGUGCAGCCCGGCACUGUGACCCUAGUGUGCUCCAACCCCCCCUGCGAGACCCAUGAGACGGGCACUACUAAUACAGCCACAACAACCGUAGUAGCAAACCUAGGCAGCCUCCAGCAGCCAACCCAGGUCCAGUUUGUCUGUGACAGGCAAGAGGCAGGUGCCUCAUUGGUGACCUCAGCAGUGGGACAGCAGAAUGGCAGUGUGGUGCGGGUCUGUUCAAACCCCCCCUGUGAGAUCCAUGAGACAGGCACCACCAACACUCCCACUGUGGUCAGUGCCAACCUCACAGUCCCCACACUGCUAGGGACAGGGCAGUUUGUGUGCUCCAACCCUCCCUGUGAGACCCAUGAGACAGGUACCACCAACACAGCCACUUCUAGUAUGGCUGGGCAGCACAUGCUCUCCAUCCCCUCAUGCCUGCCCCAAGAAACAGGUACCGCCAAUCUAGCUGCAUCGAGCAUGGCUGGGCAGCAAGUCUGCUCCAAUCCCCCAUGUGAGACCCAUGAAACGGGUACCACCAACACGGCCACCAUGGCCACAUCCAACAUGACCGGGAAGCGUGUGUGUACAAACCCCCCGUGUGAGACCCAUGAGACAGGAACCACCAGCACUGCCACUACUGCCAUGUCUAACAUGGGUUCAGGGCAGCCAGCAACUGCCAGCCAGCAGCGUGAGACAUAUCACACUUACACAACUAAUACCCCCACCACAGCCCGAUCUAAUAUGGGCACUAGGGAGCCUGAGAAAGCACCGGCUCUUGCCAAGCCCACAUGCCAAACCCAUCAGACCAGCGCAACCGGUACCACCAUGACUGUGAGAGCUACAGAGGCACCAUGCCCAGCUGCUCCUCGGGUCUGCCCCAGUCCAUCCUGUGAGCAGAGUACCACCGCCACAGGUUCUACGGGCCCCGUGACCAAGAGCAGCUCAGCUAGUGGGGGUAGUACCAGCACAGGCGUAGGGCAACUAGCCUUCAUCAGCCGGCAGUCUGAGGUACAGCAUACCCAUACAACAAACACCCCAACUACAGCCCGGUCCAACAUGGGCGCUGGGGAGGCCAAUGGGGUACAGGGGCCCACCAAGCCCUCAUGCCAAACACAUCAAACCAGUUCCACCAGCACCACUAUGACUGUGAAAGCCACAGAGGUGCUCUGCCUGGCCGCUGCCACCGCCGUCUCCUCCACCUGUUCCAACCCACCCUGUGAAACGCACGAGACUGGUACCACCAACACAGCCACUACCUCGAAUGCAGGCACUCUCCAGCAGGUGUGCUCCAACCCACCCUGUGAGACCCACGAGACUGGCACCACACAUACGGCCACCACUGCCACCUCCAAUGUAGGCUCCAGUCAGCCCGGGCAGCAGAUACCUGCUAGCCCUCAUUGUGAGACUCACCAGACCACCUCCACUGGCACCACCAUGACAGUCAACUUUGGGGUCCCACCCCCUGGGCCCAGCCCCUCCCGGAAGACCCUGGAGGCAGCCUUAGAUUCUGCAGCAGCACCAGCUACUGCCAGCCCUGCGCCAACAGCCCCCUCCCCAGGGCAGAGGGUGUGUUCCAACCCCCCCUGUGAAACCCAUGAGACAGGCACCACGCACACAGCUACCACUGUCACCUCAAACAUGAGCUCAAACCAAGACCCACCAUCCACCACAGGUGGUCAGGGGGAGCCAGAGAACACCCAAGGGGAAAACAUGACUUCCACCAGCUCCAACGCCAUCACCACAACAGUCUCGUCCACACAGACCCGAGCUGUGACUGCUGUGACACAGUCCACUCCAGUUCCUGGUCCUUCAGUACCGAACAUUUCAGCGAUGACGGAGAUGCCUCCUGAUGCCAUGACUACGGAAGCGUCUGUCUCAGCCACAAUAGCAGUGGCUGUAACUGGCACAGAUACACAAGAGGUGGCACUCUCAGCCACAGACAUCCUCCAGCCCUUAGAGGAGAUCCCAGCUGAGACUGAAGCUCCGCAGCAGCUGUUACAGCCUCCCUCUGCUCCUCCAGGAGAGCAAGCCGAGGGCACCCCAGCAACUCACAGCCCUGACCUACAGGCAGCGGUGGACAUGAGUGGGGCUGGGGAACCCUCCCCGGGCCAGGAGGCUGCCAGCUCGGCAGUGGUGACUGCCGUCAUGGUACAGCCACAGCCACAGCCUGAGGUGGACCAACUAUCUCUGCCUCAAGAGCUGAUGGCUGAGGCUCAGGCUGGCACCACAACCCUUAUGGUUACAGGCCUUACCCCAGAGGAGUUGGCAGUGACAGCAGCCGCUGAGGCUGCAGCCCAGGCAGCAGCUACUGAGGAAGCCCAGGCCCUGGCAAUCCAAGCUGUGCUCCAGGCAGCCCAGCAGGCCGUCAUGGGUGCUGGUGAGCCAAUGGACACAUCAGAUGCAGCCGCAGUGGCCCAGGCGGAGCUGGGGCACUUGACAGCCGAGGGCCAAGAGGGCCAGCCUACUUCCAUCCCCAUUGUGCUGACCCAGCAGGAGCUGGCUGCUUUGGUGCAACAGCAGCAACAACUGCAGGAGGCCCAGGCCCAAGUUCAGGCUCAGGUCCACCACCACCACCACCACCACCACCACCACCUGCCCACAGAGGCUCUGGCCCCUGCUGACAGCCUCAAUGACCCAGCCACAGAAAGUAAUGGCCUCAGUGACCUAGCUGGUGCUGUCACCAGCACUGUGGCCCUGCUGCCUUCCACAGCGACAGAGAGUUUGGCACCAUCCAACACAUUUGUGGCUCCUCAGCCAGUGGCGCCCAGUCCGGCGAAGCUCCAGGCAGCUGCUGCCCUGGCUGAGGUAGCUAAUGGCAUCGAGUCACCAGUGGGGAAACCUGAUCCCCUGCCUCCACCCAUGAAAGCUACUGCCAAGAAGGAAAACCAGUGGUUCGAUGUUGGGGUCAUCAAAGGCACCAACAUGAUGGUCAUGCACUAUUUUCUGCCCCCAGACGAUGCCCCAAGUGAUGAUGACUCUGGCACCAUCCCUGACUACAACCAGCUAAAGAAGCAAGAGCUCCAGCCGGGCACAGCCUACAAGUUCCGUGUCGCAGGCAUCAAUGCCUGUGGCCGGGGGCCCUUCAGCGAGAUCUCCGCCUUUAAGACUUGUCUUCCUGGCUUUCCUGGGGCUCCUUGUGCCAUUAAAAUCAGUAAAAGUCCAGAUGGUGCACACCUUACCUGGGAGCCACCUUCCGUGACCUCAGGCAAGAUCAUUGAGUACUCAGUGUACCUAGCCAUCCAGAGCUCCCAGGCAGGUGAACCGAAAAGCUCAGCCCCAGCACAGCUGGCCUUCAUGCGGGUCUACUGUGGGCCCAACCCAUCCUGCCUGGUACAGUCCUCCAGCCUCUCCAAUGCCCACAUUGACUAUACCACCAAGCCCGCCAUCAUCUUCCGUAUUGCUGCCCGAAAUGAGAAGGGCUAUGGCCCUGCUACCCAAGUCAGGUGGUUACAAGAAUCCAGCAAAGACAGCUCCACUUCAAAACCUGCCAGCAAGCGUCCCUUGUCCUCGCCAGAAAUGAAAUCCGCUCCAAAGAAAUCCAAGGCAGAUGGCCAGUGAAAGGCCCCAACCCUGCCCCGGCCCCCUCCUCUGCUUCAGAGAUGCCGCCCGCUGCGUGCGCCUUGUGCAACUUCUCCUUCCCCUCCCCUCCCCUGGCACCUUUGGAGCCUCCCUCUGCCCCAUUUUCUCCCUCUCCCUCCUGUCUUUUGGGGUUUUAAGGGGUGGGGAGGAUGGGUUCUUGGGAAGAAAGCACAUUUUAGUGUUGGGCUGGGAAGGGAGGAAGAUUUGCUGGAGAGAGAGGCCUUCACACCCCGUACCCUUGUGCUGGAUUUUGCAUGCAGUACCAAGCCUUGUAGACGGUAUGUUGCCCCUUGGGCCUCCUCCUGCCCCCACUACCCCCUGGGUGGUAGUGGGAGAAGGGAAGAGGACAAGGGGCCUCCUGGCAGCCUCCCUCUGCCCAUGGACGCUCUCCACAGCAGCAAUGCCAUGUAGGUUUUCCACUUGUUCUCCAUUCAUGUUUGAAAAGAAACUUACAAUUCCUUCUUAUACCAACAGUUCUUCAUUCUUGAUUUUUCCUGGGAUUACAGAGGAGACAGGUUUGGGAAUGGUGGGGGUGGGGGGGGAGACAUCAGCAAGAAGAAGAGCAAAAGAAACUGGCAAAGGGCACAUAGCCUUCCUCUUCCUCUCCUCCUCCUCCCUCCAAAGACUGCCCUGCUCUGAAGCCAGUCGGGGCUGGGCUAACCGCCUGGGCAGCUUUUCUUGUUUUAUCUUUUCGUUUGCAGCCACCCAAGUUCCUUAAACUCAUCUCGGCCCUGUGCCCUCUGAGCCUGGGCUCGGCUUCCCCAGGACCUUGGCCUCACCAUCUGGUUCCCCCUGCCCAGGGCAAGAGAGAGCCCGGGGUGGGGGCCUGGCUUAGUCUAAAAGAUGCCUCCGUAGGGUGAGGGAACCCCAGAUGGGCCCAGGCCAGGGGAAGGGAGGAACUGUCAUCAUCAUCAUCAUUAUUUUUUUUUUUUAAGCAAAAAGUUGAAGAAAUGAAACUCAUUUUUAUUACAAUGUUCUGAUAUGUGGGGCUUUUUUCCCCGGGUGGGGGUGGGGUGGGGCAUCUUUUAGCAAUGUACAAAACGGAUUCCUUUUUUUUUUUCCCCUCCACCCCAGUUUAGCGUCGGUCUUGGCAGGGAUGUCCUGGGGAGGCUGAGCAGGCUGGGCCGAAGGGAGAGUGGCACCCUGGGCAGUGCCAGGAGAGGCAGAGACUCUCUAUACUUUGGUUUCUCUUGACUGCAAAGACAUUGCAUGUUGCUGCUUCCCUCCCUCCCUCCCUCCUUCCCUCUCUUCUUUGGAUCCGACUUGGCCCUGAAAGGAGCAUGUUCAUCAGGAGUGGGGAGGCAACCGCGACCAGCUCCCCAUCCACAGCCAGCAAGUUGGGAAAGAAGCAAACUAUAAAUGAGGUUAUCUUUUCAGGAAAGGUGAUGGGAAUGCUGCCUCUCCUGUCCCAUUCCCCACCCCAAGCCCUCUAGACCCUGCCCUGACCAGCUGGGGCCACUCCAAACGGGAAGUGUUUCUGGGGCAGAUGGGGGCAGAGCAGACAGCUACCUACUUCUAAGAGAACCUCCCGCCCUGCCUGCUCCAGCCCCCCAACUUUUCUAUUUGGGGACAAGGGGGCACUGAAAGGGAAGAGUAGAACCUGAGACUGGAAGAGAUGGACAUUUGGCAAUUAGGGGGAUGGGGUGCUCUUUCUCAAAGCCAGUCGCCCCAGCCUAUAGAUUCCAUGAAUUUGUAGGCCUUGCUUUCCUAAAAGGGUAGAGCCAGCGAGUUGGGAGCUGAACCCGUGACGGAAUCAGGCAGGGUGGCUUAGGGGAGCCAAGCUCCCUCGUGCCCACGAUCUGCGUUGGCCAAAUGAGCACUUUGAAAAAUGCUGUACAAAAAGAAUUUGCAAACAAGAGGCCCGCCUCAAGGACCUGACUAGGGUCUCUCAGUUCUCGGGCCAGCCUAGAGAGAUAGUGACCGAUGUCCUUUCUCCCCUGCCCCGCCCUUCCCCUGCUCACCCAUGGUACCCCCUCUUCACCCCUCUGCUGUUGGCUCCCACGAAACUGCAGGGCCCCUGUUCUUUUGUAUUAUAGAAAAUUUCACUGUGUAGUCUCUUAGACUCCAUUCCCUAGUCCUGCCGCCGCCGCCAUCUGUUUUUCUUCCAUCUUCUACCACACGCCCCCUUUAAUUUCUUGCCUUUUUUUUUGUAAGAACAGCUGUUCUAUCUUCCAUUGUAGAGCCCCCUCCCCCUGUGACUCAAUAUUACCCUAGUGCUAUGUUGUUUGUGCUAUUUUGAACAAUAAAAUACGUUUUUUUGAAAUAA